AUGGCUGCUCCUACUCCUGUUGCUAUAGGCACAAGGGGCACAAUUGGAUCUCUUGUGAGGAAGGAAAUUGAAUACUUCUCCAAAUUUGAGUUAGGGAAUUCACAAGGGCCUCAACCACACUUUGUGGACAUGGUUUCUAGCCGAAGCUAUUCCACUUCCAGACCUAGUUUCUGGGUGUUUCUAAUGACAGGGAAGAGAAGGAAGAGAAGUUGUAACAAUGUGUUUCUCCCAAAAAUGUGUUCAGUUGCAGAAGUGGUGGAAAGCAGUAAGUGGAACAGGGUUCCUGGUUAUGGCUACAGAAUCCUCAAGGAUGACAUCAACAACUUUCAUCUCUGA